AUGGAUCGAAACCACUUACUGCUAGCCUCGGUAAAAGUUAGGACGUCCGCCGUAUGCGACGCGCACCGUCAGCCCCGGGACGGUGUGAGAAAUAUGCAUCGGGUACCGUCGACCCAGCGACGACGGUUAAAGAAGCAAGUUGGAGAGUGGAGAUGUGCCACUUGGAACAUCGGCACAAUGACUGGAAGAAGCAGGGAGAUAGCAGAGACCAUGAAGCAGAGAAAAGUGAAAAUACUCUGUGUGCAAGAAGUAAAGUGGAUGGGCGGCGGAGUAAGGGAGAUCGGAGAAGGUUAUAAGCUGUACUACUCCGGAAGUAGAACGGGAAGAAACGGCGUGGGUAUCAUCCUUAAUGAAGAGCUCAAGCAAAGGGUGGUGGAAGUCCAAAGGCCCUCAGACAGGUUGAUGAUAAUUAAGGUGCUAGCAGGAAAGAGUCUGAUCAACAUCGUGAGUGGUUAUACUCCACAGAUUGGCUGUGAAGAUCAAGAGAAGGAAGAGUUCAGAGAACAACUUGAACAAAGUUUUAGAGAGAUCCCUGAAGAAGAAGAAAUCUUCCUAGGAGCUGAUCUGAACUGUCAUGUAAGAGAAACAGUAGGAGGUUAUGAAGCAUGUCAUGGUGGUUUUGGAUACAGCCCGAGAAACGAGGAAGGAGAGAAAAUGCUAGAGACAUUGGAGAGCUUUGAACUAGUCUUGGUAAACACCGGAUUCAAGAAGAGAGAUGAACAUCUAACGACAUGCCGAAGUGGAGAUAACAGUUCCCAGAUCGACUUCCUAGCAGUGAGUAAGAGAACCCAUAAACCCAUGAGAGAUGCAAAAGUGAUUCCCGGUGAGGUAGUUGCUCACCAGCACAGACUGCUGGCCAUGGAUGGGACGUUCUCUAAGAAAAGGAAAGGAGAAACAACUGGAAAGAAGCUGCAGAAGAUCAAGGUGUGGAAACUGGGAAUAUGCAGGAGAAUACAGAAGGGUGCAAGAGCAAAGAGAGACAUCCCAAAAGUGACUGUGGUGAAGAGCGAGGAUGAACGGAUUCUGGCAGAGAAGGAAGAAGUGCUAAGGAGAGGGAGAGAAUAUUUUGAACACCUGUUGAAUGUAAAGAACGAAUGGGAAGAGCUAACAGAACUACCAGCAGUGGAAGGUCCGAUACAGCAAAAAGGCGAUGUAUUAGAAUGUGGGAACCACUGUGGUAUCAAGCUCUUGGAAUACCUCUUGAAAGUUGAGGAAAAGAUCCUAGACCAGAAGAUCCGAGAAAGUGGUAGUUAUAGGAAACAUGCAGCAUAUGAUAGGGUGCCCAGGUCUACUGGUGUCUACGGAAGAAAUGAGUUCCAGAGCACGACAAUUCAAACUCACCUGAAACUGUUGGGCACUUUUAUCGUCAAUCUUUACGCGAUAUUGGGUGAGCGCCGUUCCAUUCCCAUGCCGUAUCGCAUCACUGUUCUGACUCUCGUUUUCAACACAUGA